AUGAGUUCUAGGCCAAUUGGACGUACAUCAAGUACAUCUAGACCUGCAGGUAGUUCCACUGUAGGGUCAUCUGCUUCUCGUCCCACUGCGGGAGGAGCUGCUCCGCGUUCCAGUGUGGGGUCAUCUGCUUCUCGUCCCACUGCAGGAGGAGCUGCUCCGCGUUCCAGUGUGGGGUCAUCUGCUUCUCGUCCCACUGCAGGAGGAGCUGCUCCGCGUUCCAGUGUGAGUGGAACUGCUUCGCGUCCCACUGCAGGAGGAGCUGUUGCUCGUCCCGCUGCAGGAGGAACUGUUGCACGUCCCACUGCAGGAGGAACUGUUGCACGUCCCACGGCGGGAGGAGCUGUUGCACGUCCCACUGCAGGAGGAGCUGUUGCACGUCCCACUGCGGGUGGAGUUGCUCCGCGUACCAAUGGUACAGGUGCGGUUCCUCCACCUAAUUCUGUGGGUGCCCCGCAGUCAGGCAGUUUUUACGGAGGAAUGGGCCCACGUACUGGAUCAAUGGGAGGCAGUGCAUACGGAGGAAUGAAUGGUCCACAGUCAGGCAGUCUUUACGGAGGAAUGGGUGGUCCGCAGUCAAGCAGUCUUUACGGAGGAAUGGGCCCACGUACUGGAUCAAUGCGAGGCAGUGCAUACGGAGGAAACCCUUACGGGGCGUCUGGUAUGGGAGUGGGUGGCCCAAUGGGAAGUGGAUAUGGGGCAUUUGGUUCAAUGAGAGGAAUGAGUAAUCAAGGCUCCAUGUACGGUAUGGGAGCUCCUACGGGAGGUUCUAUGUACGGUAUGGGAGCUCCUAUGGGAAGUAUGUAUGGUAUGGGAGGUCCCAUGGGAGGCUCUAUGUACGGUAUGGGAGGUCCCAUGGGAAGUAUGUACGGUAUGGGAGCUCCUAUGGGAAGUAUGUAUGGUAUGGGAGGUCCUAUGGGAGGCUCUAUGUACGGUAUGGGAGGUCCUAUGGGAGGCUCUAUGUACGGUAUGGGAGCUCCUAUGGGAAGUAUGUAUGGUAUGGGAGGUCCUAUGGGAAGUAUGUACGGUAUGGGAGGUCCUAUGGGAGGUUCUAUGUACGGUAUGGGAGGUGCUACUUACAGCAGCAUGGUCAAUGCCGCAAUGCGUCGUGACAGUUUUCUUGCCCGUAACAAUCUUGUUCAAGCAAAGGUUGCUCCUUUGGAGAGUAAAUCGAAUAAGAGUAAUGGUACUGUUGGUGACAAGACUACGAAGACUGAUGGUGACAAGACUACGAAGACCGAUGCUGACAAGAGCACAAAGACUGAUGGAGAUAAGAGCACAAAGACUGGAACUUCUACCACUGCUGGUACUGCUUCUUCUACCACUCCUACCGCGAGUUCCGCUUCUAGAGAAGUGAAAAGUGGAAAAGAGGAGGAAAAGGUCACUCCAAAGGUAAUAACCUCAAGUUCUCUACAGGGGGACAAGAAACCCUUAAACGGAAAGAGCUCAACUACUGAAGAAACCAAAAAGUCAACGGAUGCUGGGGAUGCAAAGGAUAAGAAAACUGAAUCUAGUUCUAAAGAUAAGGUAAAGCCCCCAACAGAUACCAAAAUCCACACUCUUGUGGUUGUCACCAAGGAGGGUUCAAGCUCUUCCUCCGCUGCUCUUAAAGUGAAGGACGCCACCACAUUGACUUCAGAAAAGGAUGAUUAUACCUUUGACGAGGUUAUGGUUCACACAGACGUCAGCAAAUAUGCAGAGGCUGUCAUGCUCGAAGAUCUACGCCGUCAUUGGUUGGCUGGCCACAACAGUACACUCCUCUUCGGAGCCUCAAAGGGUCAGAAGGAUCAAUCCCUUGGAUUGGCAGAGGCUUUCCUAUUGAAUGCUUUGAAUAGGGUGGAGAAGGAGGGCAUAAAGUUUGAUGUCAACAUAAGUAUGGCAGGAUUUAAGAGCAGUGAUGAGGCGAGGGACCUUCUUAAGUCAGGAGCCUCAUACGAGAAGGUGAAGUUGGGAUCCUCUCCUGUCUUUGGGCCAGCCCUUGCCGAUAUAACCACAAAGACCGUCACCAAACCAAGCGAUUGUGUAUCCACAUUUAAGGAAGGAAUAAAGAGACUAGAAUCAUCAAAACUCGCUAUUGCCUUCUUUGUACUCAAGCAGGUAAAGAAAGCUACUUCUGGUGAAGAAACUGUCUAUCUUUCGUCCCUUGGAUUUGUAUUUGCUGGUGAGGAACUUUCGCACUUUACCUCUCUGAAGGAAAAGAGCAGCUCGGAACCAUGCACACUGCUUCGCUAUGCUGUUGGUGGUGCUAGUGUAGCGGUUUGCAUGAUUGCUGUAUCAGGUGAUGGAAAAGAAAAGGAAAGUGUAAAAAAGGCACUCGAAACGGCAAAGGCGAUGGGACAGGUGAAGAACAGCCCACCACGCAGCGGUAAUGUUAAGCAUUUUGUGGACUUCACAAAACAAGAACUCCCAAAACAGAAGGAGAACGCAGAGAAGAACAAGGAUGAUAAGGCAAAGUAUGAUGCCAUGCAAAAGAUUACAGCCCGCAUGGAGAAAAUGCUGAAAGACGCUGAGACGCUAAUGGCUAAGCCGAUGGAUACAAAGCCAACCGUUUAUGGCUGA